CUUGUGGUUUCUGGUGACUUGAACACACCAUUGUGGUCACAUCAUCCUACUGCCCCCACCCCCUCGCUGUUUGCACCGUAUUUAAGAGAAAACUUUCCGCUUUCUCUCUGUUUAAAGCCGUCUCUCGCAGGCCAACCCACGACCACAUCCAACAUGCCGGGGCUGCUGCUCGGAGACAAGCUUCCUAAUUUUGAGGUGGAGACCACUGCUGGGACAGUGAAACUCCAUGAAUAUUUUGGUGAUUCGUGGGGUAUCUUGUUCUCGCAUCCCAGAGACUACACCCCUGUGUGCACCACGGAGCUGGGUCGAGUCGCCAGGCUGAGCGGCGAGUUCAGCAAGCGCGACGUCAAGCUGAUCGCUCUGUCCGUCGACAGCCUGGAGGAUCACCGCAACUGGAGCAAGGACAUCCUGGCUUACAACUGUGAGGAGACUGAGGGCUGUGAGUUGCCCUAUCCCAUCAUCGCAGACAACAAGCGGGAGCUGGCAGUCGCUCUGGGCAUGCUGGACCCCGUCGAGAAGGACAAAAACGGCAUCCCGGUCACGGCUCGCUGCGUUUUUAUUAUUGGGCCUGACAAAACGCUGAAACUGUCCCUGCUUUACCCCAACACCACUGGACGCAGCUUCGAUGAGAUCCUGCGUGUGGUCGACAGCCUCCAGCUCACAGCUCACAAACAAGUGGCCACGCCCACCGAGUGGAUGCCGGGAGGCUGCGUGAUGGUGCCUCCGAACAUGCCUGAGGAGGAGGCCGCCGCCUUGUUCCCGAUCGGCGUCUUCAGCAAGGAGCUGCCUUCUGGGAGGAAGUACCUGCGCUACACUCCAGAUCCACAGGAUAGGAAAGGCUGUGAACCGCCACCGGCUGAACCCGAAUUACCCACAACUCUGUAACAACGGGCUUUUCGAGCAGAUCAAUGCGAUGAAUACAAUAUAUCUUAUUGUAAGAAGCAGUUACUCUUAUACAACUUGUUUGUAAUGAGUUAACAAAAGCAAAUAAAGAAAAUAAAUUUUGCUUUCACCUUA